CGUCUCGUCGUGCUGCGGUUUAGGCGUGGCGUCCGCUCCGGGCGCCUGAAGGAGACUUGGAGAUUUGGGGGUCCCGCUGCUUGAGUCGCUGGGAGUCGCUGCCGCCGCUGCCGCCACUGCCGGCUAUCCAUGAGGAAGAUGCUCGCCGCUGUCUCUCGCGUGUUGGGCGUCGCCCAGAAGCCGGCAAGCAGAGUGCUCGUGGCCUCCCGUAAUUUUGCAAAUGAUGCUACAUUUGAAAUUAAGAAAUGCGAUCUUCACCGGCUGGAGGAGGGCCCUCCUGUCACCACAGUGCUCACCAGGGAGGACGGGCUCAAGUACUACAGGAUGAUGCAGACGGUCCGCCGGAUGGAGUUAAAGGCAGAUCAGCUGUACAAGCAGAAGAUUAUUCGUGGUUUCUGUCACUUGUGUGAUGGUCAGGAAGCUUGUUGUGUGGGCCUGGAGGCCGGCAUAAAUCCUACAGACCAUCUCAUCACAGCCUAUCGGGCUCAUGGCUUUACCUUCACUCGUGGGCUUUCUGUCCGAGAAAUUCUCGCAGAGCUUACAGGACGAAGAGGAGGCUGUGCUAAAGGGAAAGGAGGAUCGAUGCACAUGUACGCCAAGAACUUCUACGGGGGCAACGGCAUCGUCGGAGCUCAGGUGCCCUUGGGAGCGGGGAUUGCUCUGGCCUGUAAGUAUAACGGAAAGGAUGAGGUCUGUCUGACUUUAUAUGGCGACGGUGCUGCUAAUCAGGGUCAGAUAUUUGAAGCUUACAACAUGGCAGCUUUGUGGAAACUGCCAUGUAUUUUCAUCUGUGAGAAUAACCGCUAUGGAAUGGGAACAUCUGUUGAGAGAGCAGCGGCCAGCACAGACUACUACAAGAGAGGCGACUUCAUCCCUGGGCUGAGGGUAGAUGGAAUGGACAUCUUGUGUGUCCGGGAGGCAACAAGGUUUGCAGCUGCCUACUGUAGAUCUGGAAAGGGGCCCAUACUGAUGGAGCUACAGACCUACCGUUACCACGGACACAGCAUGAGCGACCCUGGCGUCAGUUACCGUACCCGAGAAGAGAUUCAGGAAGUAAGAAGUAAGAGUGACCCUAUCAUGCUGCUCAAGGAUAGAAUGGUGAACAGCAAUCUGGCCAGCGUUGAAGAAUUAAAGGAAAUUGAUGUUGAAGUGAGGAAGGAAAUUGAGGAUGCUGCCCAGUUUGCCACUGCUGAUCCUGAACCGCCUUUGGAAGAGCUAGGCUAUCACAUUUACAGCAGCGAUCCGCCUUUUGAAGUUCGGGGUGCCAAUCAGUGGAUCAAGUUUAAGUCCAUCAGUUAAGGGGCGAGCGCACGUGAUGGAUGGCGACACCUUCAGGGGGCUCUUGGGCUCCAUCUGUAAGGGACUCUGUUCUCAACUUCGGUAAGGAAGAAAACCCCGUAAGAAGAAUGUAGGUUAAGGUAGUAAGUGCAUGUGUUUUGUACAGUGUUGCAUUAAAAGCUGUUACUGCACACUUCAGUACUUAGUGUGAAUGUUAUAUAAGGUUAUUUUAGAUUUCAGAUUAUUUCCUUGAAAUGGUUCUAUUUCUUUUAAUAACUGAAAAGCAUCUGCUAAAUAAUAUACAACUAAAUCUAAAGCCAUUCCUACCCUCGAGGGGCGUGGGAGCACUCCCUGGACCUUGCAGCGGCGCCUCCCCGAACAGCGAGCGCUCCGCCUGCUCACCCUCAGCAGCGUUGGGGCUGCAGCCGCGGCUCGGUGACCGUCUGCUCUCAAAUACGUUAUUACCUCCAGGCAGGGGGCAGAAGGACAACUCCAUUUUUACUUUUUCAAAGAUUUUAAGUUCUCUCUACACCCAGCUUGGGGCUCGAACUCAUGACCCAGAGACCAAGAGUCCCACACUCCACUGACCGAGCCAGCUGGGUGCCCCAAUGACACCAUUUUUAAAUAAGACCACUUCCUGAUCAUUUCAAAGGCCAAAUAAUUUAGUUUUCUUCAUUUAUACAUUAAAUACAAAUCUAUUUUCUUAAUGGUUUUCUAUUUACAUUCAUAUCAAACAUUAAAUACAAGGCAUAUUCUUAUCAAUUUUAUCUUAAGUACAAUGCCAGUUUACAGUAAACUGUGGUCUAAAACAGUGAUGCCCAUCCCACCCUGUUACUUUAAACACCUGCUUCACCUUUCCAGUCCGUGCUAUAGGGUGUAUGGAGUUUUCCAGCACAGCUACAUGGAAAUUUUACAGAAUUCUGUAAUGUUCUGGGAUGUCAAAAUUAGAGUUCACUCGCUGUUCUCCCAAUACAUAAAGUUCUACUCACCUUUAAAACAUGUUUGUAAGAGGUUUGAAAAAACAAUCCAAAAUCAGUAAUUCUCUAAAACUUCAAGUUCUUAAAUAAAGAGGUUUUCCUUGUGUAAACUCCAUGGAAUUCAUGUGUAUGUUACCAACUUUUUAACAACAAAGAUGUCCGCUCAGCGCCCUCUGUCCCCUGGCCUAGCCAACUGGUUCAGCCUCAUCUUGGGAGGCCGGGGACCGCUGAGCCCUUCUUCGGUACUGGGAGACCGCCGUCCAGAGCCUGCAGCGGAGACCACCACUGCGAAAGAACCGAGAGUCUGCUUUAGAGUCGCAAGAAAAGAGAAGUUCAGAGCCACACCACCGAGUAGGAGCCCUUAAUGUCAAAAGCUACAGUGUACAAUCCGAGACUUGUCUAGAUGGCCAAAAUGUGUUCCUGACUUAGAGCUCUGUGCCCUUGUCUUUGGGCUCCAGUAGGAGCGGCACGUGGCCUCAGAGGCAUGUACAGGGCGGCCGGGUGCGGGGCAGGCUGAGGGGAGAAGAGCUGGGGAGGCUCGGAGGGCAGAGGACUGCUGCGGGGCGGGAGUUCUGGGGUUUCACGUUCCUCCGACUGGUACCCAGCGUUACCUGAACAAAACUCCAGAGCUAGAGGGGAAGUUGGGUAGCUGGUUUUCUGACUAAGGCCCAGAUGAGAAAGGAAAUUAAUUUCAUUGAGGGGAAGGCGAGCGCCACUUUGCUUUCUGCUGGUUUAGAAGCGCAAUCACAGGAAAAGAGCCGUUUUCUAUUACAGCGCUUUGAAGCCAUUCUUCCCGCAGCCGAAGCGGUCUUAGAUCUUCCUUAGUGACGUCGUUAAGAAUAUCAGACAGGGUGUAGCCCUCUUCACCAAUCUGUAGCGUAUACCAGACACAGAAGAGCUAAGCUGCUUUGUGGUAACGGCAUAGGAAUGUUUGCUUUGUCGCACAUUUACCUUCUCUACUGUGCGCUCAUCCGCUCCUUGCAGCUGUGACCAGUCUACGAGCUGCGGAUCGGUUCUUUGCCCCUGAGACCCAGGAGGGGUGCUGGGUUCUCUGUAGUGUCUGCGAUGAGGGGAAAUUUGUUUUGUUGUAUAUUAAUGUUUAACAGUAAAACUCUUCCAAAGUAACAAGUUGAAUGGAAUAAACUAUUACACACA